GUUUAGUUUCACCGCGUUCUCUGUUGUUUUGUCGUGAUGCUGCCUUAAUACAAACUGUUAGAAAUGGUGUUUCUGUUACAGCUUUUGGAUCAGGUCAAUAAAUACCUGUGAUAUUCUCAUCUUCACAGUCGUGACUAACUUUGCAAGCAGGAAUAUCUGGAGGAGCAUCAGCUGAACUGAGAUCUGCUGCUGUGAAGAUGGUGUUUGUUAAAGAGGAGAGUGAGGAGAACACGAUUGAACCAGAACCCUGGAGAAUAAAACAUGAGGAACCAGAACCCCGGAGAAUAAAACAUGAGGAACCAGAAACCUGCAGAAUAAAACAGGAGGAACCAGAACCCCGGAGAAUAAAACAUGAGGAACCAGAACCCCGGAGAAUAAAACAUGAGGAACCAGAACCCCGGAGAAUAAAACAUGAGGAACCAGAACCCCGGAGAAUAAAACAUGAGGAACCAGAAACCUGCAGAAUAAAACAGGAGGAACCAGAACCACGUGGUAUAAAACAGGAGGAACAAGGAGGCCUGAUGAAAUUGAAAGGAGAAAGACAAGAACUGAAUGAGGUGGAGGAGAAACAUCAGUGUAAGAAAGAUCAUGAUGACAAUGGAGAAAAAUCAGUGAGUUGCAGCAUUCAAAUAACAGAAGUCCAAAGGCCUUUCAGCUGCUCUCAGUGUGGAAAGAGUUUUACACUGAAAGGACACCUUAAGGAUCAUUUGGUUAGUCAUACUUCAGAAAACCCUUUCAGCUGCUCUCAGUGUGGAAAGACUUUCACACGUAAAAGAUACCUUAAGACUCACAGGUUAAUUCAUGCUGGAAUAAAGCCUUUUACCUGCUCUCAGUGUGGAAAGAGUUUUACACAGAAAGGAGACCUUAAGGAUCAUUUGGUAACACACACUUCAGAAAAGCCUUUCACCUGCUCUCAGUGUGGAAAGUCUUUCACACGUAAAAGAUACCUUAAGACUCACAUGUUAAUUCAUGCCGGAAUAAAGCCUUUUACCUGCUCUCAGUGCGGAAAGAGUUUUAUAUGUAAAGGAAUCCUGAGGAAUCACAUGGUAAUUCAUACUGGAAUAAAGCCUUUCCGCUGCUCUCAGUGUGGAAAGAGUUUUGCACAGAAAGGACACCUAAAGGAUCAUUUGGUAACUCACACUUCAAAAAAGCCUUUCACCUGCUCUCAGUGUGGAAAGUCUUUCACACGUAAAGGAUACCUUAAGACUCACAUGUUAAGUCAUGCUGAGUAAAAGCCUUUCAGCUGCUCUCAAUAUGGAUAUGUAAAUGAGGAUUUAAUCAUCACAUGAGAAUUCACACUAAAAGAGAUGCCUUACCAGACAAUUCACAGAAAUUAAAUUGUCUGUGCCUCAUGUCUGUCCUGUUUGUGGCAGGAUAUUUCUAUGGGUUUUAAAAGCUUGGAAAAACUGUAGGGAUGGAUAUUGUUAAGGUUUUAAAGGCAUUACUGCUCUUACUGAUACUGCUGAUCCAUCUGGUAUUUUUCUCUCAAAACUAUAAAACUAUGAAGUCGCUGCAAACAAGCCUGCACUGGCCCUUUACGGGCCCACUUAGGGCUGCCAGCGCAGGGCCCCUGAGA